AUGAACCCCGAAGAGCAACACUGGAUGGACACUCUGCAGGGUGUGUUCUACCCAGCCUUGGCUAUAGUGGGCAUCCCCUGUGAGUAUACCUAAACCUAUAGAACUACUUGCUGCUAGGUAUGGUUGUCUUAUACAGAUGGAUGAGUACAAUGACUAGGGGUGUUGUAGGAAAAUUGGUAUAUUUGUUCAGCACACAUCAGAAUAUGCAUGUUAUUUUUUUCCACAAAUGAAUUUGUCAAAUCAUUGAAUGGAUCAAAUGGAUAAUGAAUUUAAUGGUUAUAAUGAAUAUUUCUUUGAGUAAAAUAUAUAUGGCUAUAGUAACAUUAAGUUUAAUUAAUUAAUUAUGAUUAAAUGCUUCAUUUGUUUCCAAUGGAAAAACCCUAAUGAUACGAAUCCCUCCUCCAGCCAACAUUGUUACCUUCCUCAUCUUCUGGCGGAGGAACUGCCUGCUGUCCAAGUCCAGCACCUUCUAUCUGAUGGCCAUCUCUGUAGCUGACACUCUGGUCCUCGUCUUCAUCGUGGUGCUGGAGAUCACUGUCAAAUUUUACCAGGAGGUACUUAUUUAGUCAGAAAUGUCACUGCUCUUUUAAUUUAUAGUUCUGUCAGUAACACUUUACAUUGGAUUUCUAUAGUAAUGCUGUAAUUACUACAGUAACAGCAAACAGCAUUGUAUCAACAUGCCAUUACCUAGUAGCCUAUUUCAGGGUUUUCCUAAUGUUGUUCUGGCGCACGCUUUGGUUUUUUCCCUAGCACUACACAGCUGAUACAAAUAAUCAAAGCUUGAUGAUGAGUUGGUUAUUUGAAUCAGCUGUGUAGUGCUAGGGCAAAAACCGAAACGUGCACCCACGGGGGGCCCCAGGACCGAGUUUAGGAAACCCUGGCCUGCUUUACUAAUUGUUUUGUCCUUUCUUUGUAAUGGAUUUUUAGUGUUUGUUGUUAUUACACUGACGGCAUUAGGAAUAGUCGCUAUUACUAUUCCCUCCAUUUUAAAUGCACAUUAAUUAAGGCUUGAUUUGAUUUUAGGAGCCGUUUUGGAGCCGUGAGCCCUGGUGCCGCCUGAGAGACAUUUUCAGCUACGGGGCCUACAACACCUCAACCUGGCUGGUGGUGGUUUUCACCGCAGAGCGCUUCAUAGCCAUCCACACCUGGGCCAUCAAGACCAAACUCUGCACACCGCGCAGUGCCUUAUUGGCCAUCGCCACCAUCUUACUCCUCAGCCACCUCCUGGCCAUACCCUACUACUGGUCCAAUGUCUCGGUUUACGACCACAACCAGACCAGAUGGGCCUGUAUAUACGAACCUGAGGCCCCUCAUGGUUAUGUGCAUGCCCUGGUGGGGGCCCAGACCUUAGUGGUCUACGUCCUACCUUUCCUCAUCAUCCUCACCCUCAACGGGCUGACUUUGCGACAGAUCUCCCUUAGCAGCAGGGUCCACAUGGUGGCGGCUGCCGACCUGACCUCAGGGGCCUACAGGGUGACGCCCCUGCUGCGCUCCAGGAAGAGGAAGUCUGUAGUGCUCCUGGUGACCGUGUCCAUGAGCUUUGUGCUGCUAUCCGUCACCCGCGCAAUCACCCAGAUCAUCCUACGCACCACCUUCUUCUACGGCCAGGAUCGCAACGACUACAACCUGCAGAUCAAUGUGGUGGCUGACAUUGGUAGCAUGCUGAGCCUCAGUAAUGCAGCCAUCAACAUGUACCUGUACGCCUGCACUCAGGCCAAGUUCCGUCGGGAGUUCACAACUUGUGUCAGACAGGUUUUGUCCCAAGACUAA